UCGACUAUUUAAUGAAUAUUUAGUAGAUAUGUUUAGUAAAGCAGAAGAUGAAAGAUUACAAUUUAUAUAUAAAGAAGAAUAUAGAUUUAGAAAAGGAGGUCAAGAAGAAGAUGAAUUAUUAAGAGAUAAAGCAGAAUUACACCUAGAGA